AUGCCAAACAUCUCUGCUACCACGAAGGCAUUGGUUGGCCGGCCAUGUCUAACCUGCCAACGUCGGAAAAUCAAGUGUGACCGAGUCAAACCAGAUUGUCAACGAUGUCAGAAGGCUGGGUUGCAAUGUGAGGGUUAUUCGUCCGAUUCAUUUGUCCUUGUAGUUCCCACUCAGCUUCUUGGUGAAGGGGUCAAUAAGGUCAGGUUAAGGCGUGUCAAAGGCAAGGAGACUGGGAACGGUAUAUCGGCAACCACGCAGAAAUAUGACACCAGCAACGAAACGAGAGACGAUGCUAUCGAGGUACCCAGGCUAUGCCCCGAAUCUUAUAUCAAUGUAGCCCCCGAAAAUAGGAUGCAGGUCCUCUCCUAUUUCCUAGAACGUUAUUUGCCAGCUUCAAUGACUAGUCACCGCAAAUUUAUUACUCCGUCUUCAUGGGUGCGGAGUCUGCCGAGCCUACUAGGUCGAUGGGAGGUGCUAGAUACCGCUCUGUCCGCGCUUUGCCUUGCAUACAUAGGCGAUGUGCAUCAAAAUUACGUGCAUUUACAUGAAAGCCAACGACUUUAUAACAAUGUACUACAGAGAAUCAGUUCCAUGUCACUUGAUUCGCUGAAAUCAGCAAAUGAGGGCGUGCUUACAACGACUAUGAUAAUGGCUAUGUAUGAGCUCUUUCAUAGCACCUAUGGUCGUCUCCAAGGUUGGAUGUUUCACGUCAAAGGUGCGCGCCGACUUCUGGAGCUUCGAGGCCCACCUACUAAGGAAGCCCCUCUUAAUAUGAGUCUAUAUAACCGAGUGAGGAAUACUGCAUUAUGGGAUGCAUAUGGCAGCCGGAAAAUGAUCUUCUUAGCUCGCCCCGAAUGGCAGAAUUUGUCCGAUACCCCUCAUGAUAUACUCCUCGACUCCUUAGUCUGCAUUCCAGGACUAUUAGAGGCAUCCGAUAACAUUCUAUCAUCAAGCCAGUCAGGGAAAACUGAUAUUCCAUGUAUCGAUGAGCUCCUUAGUUUUUGGCAUGCAAUCCAUGUGAGGCUUACACAGUGGUAUGUCACAUUCGAAGACCAAGAGCUUGAAGGUCUCUAUGAAUGUGGACCACUUGGCCCAAAAGGUCAUCCAUAUCUUGAUGCAGAGAAACCGCAUUUAUAUUCGAUGUUCCCACAGGUCAUAUCUUUUAUGGAUACAUAUGUGGCUCAAAACAUGCUAUUGUAUUGGUUUGGUCAACUUGUUGUGCACACUUCAAUGGUCCAGCUUUAUGUUGCCAGAGGAAAGCACCAAACCAGACUGAACUCCGAUGCAUUUCCUGUUGAUUACAGGGGCGUUCAUAAGACAUCAAGAGAAAAGUUGCAAAAAACUGGUGAUUACUAUGCAACCAAAAUCUGUCAAUCCACCGCAAGCCUCAAAGGUGGAUACGGUUUUCAAAUCGUCAUGGUUCCGCUUUGGGCAGCUCAGCAAUUUUACGAUAUUUGUCAGGAUCCCAGAUAUGACUGGUGUCAAACAGUGUUGAGGAAUUUCGGGGCCGUUUGUGGUUUUGAGUCGGCUGAAGCAUUAGGGUUUUUGAAGCCGACUCAAUAUCCAGGGAUCACCAUGAAAGGGGGAGACACCAUUAUUAAUAAUAUCUAA